CUACUGUACAUGCCUGUCACAGUCACUGUCAGCAUCCAAGGCAAGGGGGCAAAUGCCUUCCCGGCCGAUGCGAGUCCUCGCUCCCGCCCUCCCCAGCGACUCAACCGCCGCCGCCGCCGCCUCUGCCGCCACCGUGCUCACGAUCCUCCGCGGGGCUGACCCUGACCGCCUUCUCCCUGCGGCCGGCAUCGCCCCAACGCCCACCGUACUCCAGCACCUCCGCCCCGCGCUCCCCACCCUCCCCGACCUCGCGAUCCCCGCCCUUGCCCGCUGGGCCGGCGCCGCCACCGCCGUCUCCCUCCUCGCCUCCCGCGGCCUCUUCGCCGCCGCCUGGCGCUUCCUCUUGCUUCAGUCCCCGUCCUCCCCGCCGCCUCCCCUCUCCGCGUUCGCCUCGCUCCUCCGCCGCUACGCGCGCCUUGGGCGCACCGCCGCCGCAGUCCGCGCGUUCCGCUUCCUGCGCUGCAACCCCGACCGGUACACUGUCAGCAGCGAUGGCAAUGACGACGACGCCUCAUCGUCUGCCGGAGAGGUCUCCCCGUUGAUCGUGGCCGUCGACGCGCUCUGCAAGGAGGGCCACCCGCGUGCCGCGGCGCAGCUCCUCGAGCAGCUCCGGCGCGAGGACCCUGGGUGGGCGCCCGACGUGCGGAUCUACAACGUCCUACUCAACGGAUGGUCCCGCGCGCGACGGCUGGACAAGGUGGAGAAGCUUUGGGUGGCGAUGCGCCACGCCGGUGUGCGGCCGACGGUGGUCACAUAUGGGACCCUCAUCGACGCGCACUGCGUCAUGCGGCGGCCUGACCAGGCCAUGGGGCUCCUCGACCAGAUGCGGGAGGAGGGGAUCGAGGCUAAUCUGCUCACCUGCAACCCCAUCGUAUAUGCCCUUGCGCAGGCAGGCCGUUUCGGGGACGCACACAAGGUGCUCGAGAAAUUCCCCCUCUACGGUGUUGCGCCGAAUAUCUCGACAUUUAACUCCCUCGUCUUGGGCUACUGCAAGCAUGGUGACCUUGCUGGGGCUAGUAGAGUGCUCAAGGCGAUGCUGGGGCGUGGCAUUUCGCCAACCGCAAGGACAUACAACUACUUUUUCAUGGUCUUUGCAAGGAAUUGCAGUAUUGAGUUGGGGAUGAAUCUCUACAGUAAGAUGGUCAGCAAUGGCUAUGUGCCAGACCGUCUCACUUACCACCUCCUCAUCAAGAUGUUGUGCGAAGCGAACCGCCUUGAAUUAACACUGCAGAUGCUCCAGGAGAUGAGAAAUAGUGGUUUUGAGCCGGAUCUUGCAAUCAGCACCAUGCUGAUACAUUUGCUCUGCCGGCGUCAUCAGUUUGAGGAGGCUUUUGCGGAGUUUGAGCAUAUGUUUGAGAGAGGGAUUGUGCCCCAGUAUAUCACUUACCGGAUGCUUAUGAAAGAGCUCAAGCGGCUUGGUUUAGUCAAAUUGGUACAGAAGUUGACAGAUCUAAUGCGUUCAGUACCACAUUUCACAAAGUUACCUGGCAGUUACAGGGACAAGGAAGGAGAUGAUGCUAUAGAGAAGAAGAAAUCAAUAUUACAGAACGCCCAGGCCGUUUCAGAUGUUUUGAAGGAGCGUAAAGACUCAAAGAAACAGCACAAGCUCAAAAAUCCUGAAGAAACUGAUGUCCAGGUUGCAGAUAGGAUUGUAGCCAACAUUAGGAGAAGAGUAUACGGAGACGUCUCUAGGUUAGAGCCAUCAGUUUCAUGAACAUUUUGUUCCAUGGUGUAUACUUAUCAAUAUUAAUUGCAUGAUGAUGGUUUUAGCAGUCAGUUGCAUUA